AUGAAAAGCCAGCAUGAACCUGCCGUCUCUGGACUGAGGCACGCAGCCAUAAUCGACCUGAUCCCCAUGUGUCCUUCUCUGAAGUCCGAGCCAAAAACUCUGACACCCCUCUCCACCCCUCCAUACCCCCACACCCAUCACUCACCCCCCCACACUCCAUAUCUAUCACCCCAUACUCCUUUCAAUCUCACCCAACUCAUAGCCCAUAGCCUCCACCCCAUACCCCACCCCAUACCUCCACCCGCAUCCACCUCAUUCCAUACCCCCACCUCCAUUACCCAUACCUCCACUCCAUACCCCACGCUCAUCACCAUACCCACCCAUCACCCAUCAACCAUACCCUCACCCCAUACCUCACCCCAUACCUCCACCAUCUACCCAUACCUCACGCCAUACCCUCAUUCAUACUCCACCCAUCACCGCCACACCCUCACCCAUACCCCCACCCAUCCACCCAUACCUCACCCCCAUACCCUGCACCCAUACCUCCACCACAUCACCCAUACCUCCACCCCAUACCUCAUUCAUACCUCCACCCAUCACCGCCAUACCCUCAUUCCAUACCUCCACCCCAUCACCCCACAGACCUCACCCCAUACCCCACCCCAUACACCACAUACCCCACCCCAUGCACCCCAUACCCACACCCAUUCAUCCCACCUCACCCAUACCCUACCCAUACCCACCCUCAUACCCUCACCCCAUAACCCAUUCAAGCCAUACCCCACCCCAUCACCCCAAACUCCACUCAUCACCCCAUACCCACCACAUAGGCCCCAACCAUCACCACAUACCCACCAAUACCCAUACCACACCCCUCCCACCCAUACCCCACCCCCUCAUACCUCACCCACACCCUCUCACCCAUACCUCCACCCCAUCACCAAUACCCCCAACCCAUCACCCCAUACCACAACCCCAUCAUCCCAGCCAUCACCCACUAACCCUCACCAUACGCCCCACCCCCUCAUACCCUCACCAUCCAUCAACCCAUACCCCACCCAUCACCCCAUACCCCACCACAUACCCCACCCACCAUCAACACUCACCCUCACCCCAUAA